CGGAUGAAAAUUCGCGCAAAACACACGCUUCGGCUCGUGCCUCCAGAACCGCCAUGUCGAACUGUGUGGGCUUUUCUCUCGCCGAGUGGUUGAAUUACUCGCGCUGGCCGUUUUUACAUUGACGUGCGCGCGAGCUGGAUCCGCGAACCGCGGCGACGAGUGGUGGUGUCACCUGAAGGCGACGCUCAUCAGGUCCGGCGACGGCGGCUGGCGUUUGCCCUUUCGCCUGAUUAUUCCCAUCGGAGCGACCACCGCACCGUGUUUCCUUGGCAACUCUGCGCCAGCACUCGCAACGCUCACAACAGGUUGAGCGGCGGCGCAUGCGAGCAGCCGCCGGUGUGCCCUUGCAUGGCUGAGGACAGCGGCCAGUCAUGGGCUUUGCGUGCUGGGCUCGGGAGGUCCGCCAAGAGACGGAGAGGCGCAUUCGGGCUAAUAGUCCCGAAUACAACAGCCAGUUUAAUUAUGCUAACAACUACAUCAAGACAUCCAAGUACUCCCUCCUGACGUUCCUGCCACGAAACCUGUUUGAGCAGUUUCAGCGGCUCGCCAACUUCUACUUCCUAUGUCUCCUUGUCUUGCAAAUGAUCCCGCAGAUUUCCUCCCUAACCCCAUGGACCACCGCCGUGCCUUUAGUUGUGGUGCUGUCUCUGACAGCUCUGAAAGAUGCUAUCGACGAUAUUCAACGUCACCAGAGUGACAACCAGGUCAACAACAGACUGUCCAAGGUGCUUCGCAAUGGCCAACUCGUGGAGGAGCGUUGGCACAAAGUCCAAGUGGGCGACAUCAUUUUUAUGGAGAACGACCACUUCGUGGCUGCCGACCUACUGCUGCUGUCUACUAGUGAGCCAAAUGGCCUAUGUUACAUCGAAACAGCGGAACUUGAUGGUGAAACUAACCUCAAGUGCCGCCAGGCCACUCCUGACACAGCUGAGAUGAGCAAUGACAACCAGCUCUUGGGGAGGUUUGAUGGGGAGAUUAUCUGUGAGGCACCGAAUAACAACCUGAGCCGGUUUGAGGGCACCCUGUUCUGGCAGGGUCAGACGUAUCCGCUGGACAACGACAAGCUGCUGCUGCGGGGCUGUGUGCUGCGGAACACCCACUGGUGCUACGGGGUUGUGGUGUUUGCAGGCCGGGACACCAAGCUCAUGCAGAACAGUGGCAAGACCAUCUUCAAGCGCACCUCUCUCGACAGGCUCCUCAACGUUCUCAUCCUCGGCAUUGUGUUCUUCCUGUUCAGCAUCUGCCUGUUCUGCACCAUAGCGUGUGGUGUGUGGGAGACAGUGACAGGCCAGUUCUUCCGCGUCUACCUUCCAUGGGACAAAGUCAUCCGCUCGGACAACACUGUGGCCGGUGCCACAGCCAUUGCCGUGCUUGUCUUCUUCUCCUAUGCCAUUGUACUCAACACCGUCGUGCCCAUCUCCCUCUACGUCAGUGUGGAAGUUAUUCGCUUCUGCCACAGCCUAUGGAUAAACUGGGACGAAAAGAUGUACUAUGCACCGAAAGACGCUCCAGCACGAGCGCGCACCACAACGUUAAACGAGGAGUUGGGACAGAUCGAGUACAUUUUCUCCGACAAGACGGGCACCCUGACGCAGAACAUCAUGGCAUUCAUCAAGGCGUCCAUCAACGGCCGUCUCUAUGGAGACGCCCUUGACCCAGCCACAGGGGAAGCUUUGGAAAUUAAUGAGAACCUGAAGACCGUGGACUUCUCGGAGAACCCGGAGCACGAGCCAGCCUUUCGGUUUUACGACCCAUCGCUACUGAAGGACGUAAUGGCUGGAGACACUGAUGCUCGGGAAUACUUCCGUUUGUUGGCUUUGUGCCACACUGUUAUGUCGGAGGAAAAGGACGGCCGCCUCGAAUACCAGGCGCAGUCACCAGACGAGGCUGCACUCACAUCGGCAGCCCGAAACUUCGGAUUUGUUUUCAAGAACCGUACGCCAAAAAGCAUUACCAUUGAAGUUUGGGGCCAGGAAGAAGUCUAUGAACUCUUUGGUAUCUUGGAUUUCAACAAUGUUAGAAAAAGAAUGUCAGUGAUUGUCAAGAGGAAUGGUGUUCUCAAGCUAUACUGCAAGGGGGCCGACUCCGUCAUUUUCGAGCGCCUUCAUCCGAGCAGUGAGCCUCUCAAAAUCAAGACUACAGAGCAUCUGAAUAAAUAUGCUGGCGAAGGCUUGCGGACGCUGUGCCUGGCCUACAAGGACUUAGACGAGGCAUAUUUCCAGGAGUGGAGCGAGAGGCAUCAUGAGGCCGCGACAUCUCUGCACGACCGAGAGGAGUUGGUGGACGCCGUGUACGACGAGAUCGAACAGGGCCUCACGCUGCUAGGGGCCACAGCCAUCGAAGACAAGCUGCAGGAUGGUGUGCCGCAGGCCAUUGCCAACCUGGCCAUGGCUGGCAUCAAGAUCUGGGUCCUCACUGGUGACAAGCAAGAAACAGCCAUCAACAUUGGCUACUCGUGUCAGCUGCUCACAGACGACAUGGUGGACAUCUUCAUCGUGGAUGGCAUGGAACGUGACGAAGUGUACAAACAGCUGAGCACGUUCCGUGAAAGCAUUGCUGGCAUUGUUGCGCACGGCCGAGGUGCUGGAGACUGUUCGGUCGUGCGUUUCAGUGACAAUGACAACGGCCAAGCCUGGGAGCUGUCUGGUGGAGAGAGCCUGGGCGGCUUUGCUCUCAUCGUCAAUGGACACAGUUUGGUGCAUGCCCUGGAAGAAGAUAUGGAGCUCCUGUUUCUGGAGGUGGCCAGCCGGUGCAAAGCAGUCAUCUGCUGCCGUGUUACUCCACUGCAGAAGGCCCUUGUCGUGGACCUCGUCAAAAAACAUAAACGUGCUGUCACUCUCGCCAUCGGGGAUGGUGCCAAUGAUGUCAGUAUGAUCAAAAUGGCACACAUUGGAGUGGGCAUCAGUGGCCAGGAGGGCAUGCAGGCGGUGCUGGCCUCGGACUUUUCGGUGGCCCAGUUUCGCUUCCUCGAGCGGUUGCUGCUGGUGCACGGUCGUUGGUCCUACCUGCGUAUGUGCCGCUUCCUCCGGUACUUCUUCUACAAGAACUUUGCCUUCACUCUCUGCCACUUCUGGUUUGCAUUCUUCUGCGGAUUCUCGGCACAAACUUUGUAUGAUCCAGUGUUCAUCUCAUUCUACAACGUCUUCUAUACGUCCUUGCCCGUAUUAGCGCUGGGUGUCUUCGACCAGGACGUGAAUGAUGUGAACUCCAUGCGCUAUCCCAAGCUCUACACACCAGGCCACUUGAAUCUGCUUUUCAACAAGGUGGAGUUCUUGAAAAGCGUCGCGCACGGAGUGGUCUCCUCGUUUGUCCUGUUCUUCAUUCCGUACGGUGCCUUCAGCAACAGCAUUGCACCCGACGGAGUCAACUUGGAUGGGCAACAGCUGCUGGGCACCACAGUCUCUACCAUCCUCGUCAUCGUUGUGAACGCCCAGAUUGCUCUGGACACUUCGUACUGGACUGUGUUCAACCACAUUGUCAUCUGGGGCUCUGUGGCAUUCUACCUGGCUAUGACGUUGCUCAUCAACUCUGACUUUGUGGGUAACCAGUUCCUCGGCUCGCUGCGCAUGACGCUUGGUUCGGCACAGUUCUGGUUUGUGGCAUUCCUCACGGUUGCCGUACUGCUGCUGCCUGUGAUCGCAUUCCGCUUCUUCUACACGGACGUCUUCCCCACGUUGUCGGACCGCGUGCGGCUCAAGCAGCGGCGGGCGCGCCGGCUACGCCGCGAAGGUGCACCAGAGAGUGGACUGGGUCGCGCCACAAGUGUGCGGCAGGGAAGCAGACGUCGUUCGGUGCGUUCGGGCUAUGCCUUCGCGCACCAGGAAGGCUUUGGCAGACUCAUUAUGAGCGGCAAGAUAAUGCGUCGUGCGCGCUCUGGUGGCAACUGGAGCAACUCUCUCCACGUCCCUCCCACAUUGCCCAACCAGCCAGACGACACAAGGUCCCCGCCUUUGGCGUGAGGAGUGACAUCGUGUUGUGCGAUUGUUUUUGCAUUUGUGCUUCACAAGAACAUUGGAGUGCACUGACAAACGACGUGCAUGCCAUCCCAUUGACACAGUGUCGACACAGUGCAACCUGAUCCGUUUUUGCACAUCACCGCGGAUGCGUGCAAGUCGGUCAGGGCCUUCAUAUGACGACCCAGGAAACCCUCCUUCUGUUUGGGCACGUCCUGGCCAUGCAUGGCGCAAGUGCAGCAGCUGUGCGGCCGUGAUUGCGGUGGCCUCGCUGCUGUUCUGACUGUGAUGAAAUUACCGCAGCAUGCACUCUGGCUAGCCCACGGUGACGAUGAUGACGGUAGUGGUGGUACCGUCUUUGGUACACGUGGGCGGCAUUGUCCCUCUUCGCAUAUUGUGCGAAUGCGCACCAGUACCGCUUUAGCGCAGGUGGCAACGAGUCUUCUUGCUUUGUCACUGUUGUUUCCACUGCUAUGCUGUAAGAGAAACCUACCUCCCUGCCUGUUAUAUGCCUGUCGCUGUUCAUUCUUAACGCACUGUAAUCAACAGGAGAGCUUGAAUUUGUCAUGUAAUGCACCAGACCACUACAAGGGGAGCAGCAAGCUACGUUUAACAGUAUCGCUUUCAUUUUCUUUCCAUGCCUCUAAAGCCUGUUGCGUACCGUUGUGAUGCUUGCAGAAAAUCAAAUACUCCCGAGUGUUUUUGAAAAUCGGAAUUCUAAUUUGAACUUCAGUGCUUACAUUUUGCCGCUGUAGAGGUUGAUCAAAUGUUUUUGUUUCUGGCUUUAGCUUGUACAUGUAUUUUUUUUGUUAUCUUUGGAUCUCUUUUUUCUUUUUUUUUCUUUUUCCACAUUGUCUCUUUGUUUUCGGGCAUCAUUUUGUACAGGUUCAGAUGGCAAUAUCAAGAGGAUAUUUUUGAAGAGAGCAAACUUGCCAGCAUUUUUAUAAGGGAACUUGGGGUUUAAUGGGGUUAUCCUCAGACUACUACUAGUAAUGUGCGCUGAUAUGUGACGCUUUACUGCCACGAUGCUUUGAUGAUUUUUACUCUGUGCAUUUUUGCACUUGACAAGCACCUUCUUUCGUUUUCUUCUGUUUUUUUAAUGGAUCACUGAAUAAGGUGGGAAGGAAAGUUUACCAUAUUAUUUAUUUCUUGUUAUACAUUAUACCUUGAUGAUUUUUUUCUUUCUGAGCUGUUAUAUAUACAUGUGUUUGUUUGUUUUUCUGCCCCAAUUUUACUCUCACUUAACAGUCAGUGUAGCAGCCGAACUGUCUGUGUAUGUCUGAAAAGUUCUGUUUUGUGCUGGAAUGUCCCGAGUGGUGCUGUUAACUAUUCUAGCAGCCGAGUCGUGGGUGCGGACCUUCUGAAGGUUAUGUGAUGAAUGCGCUGAGUGGUGACAACGAUAGUGCUUGAAGGAACAAAGAAUUUGCCCAACCAUGAAUGUCGCAAGCUGCAUCUAUUUUUUCUUAUGAAAGAGUGUAAAGAAAGUGAACUCAUGAUCAUAUUAAGGCCUUAUAAGAAAGCGUUUUUGUUUCUAAAAUUGUCAGUUAAGUGCAUCUCCUCACCGUGUCGCCAUUUACGCGUGGUAACAAGCGAUGUGAUUGAAGAGAACUCGACAGAAUAGUUGUGUCACGUAUCAUUUACCUUCAUUUGCCAACGUUGUCAUGCCACUAUACCCGGUGAUGUCAUACAGACUCGCAAGCUGAUAAGGUGGUUGGUGCUGUCAAACUGUGUUAAUAGUGCACGUUUUGUUCCCAUUUGUUUAUUGUCACAGCAACCUUAUGUAAUCAGCAUGAGCAUUACAAAAUGUGUGCAGAGUGUUUGCAAGGCUGACUAUGCCUGUUCGGCCGAGAGAGUUGGAAAGGCUAACUGUGAAUGAGUGCUGGGUUUGUGUGGCUUGUGUUGUAUGCAGAGAAGUGAGGCUUCCAGUGUGACCUCUGCUGGGAUCUAUAUAUCAUUAUUUUCUCCUUUUUCCUAUGCAGCCCUUUGUGAAAUGGCUUGGCACAUCCUUGUAGAGCUGCUGGCACAGGUAGCCAAUGCAAAGCAGGCCAAUUGAACCCCACUGUACCUGCUUACUUUCUUCUACGGUGCAAAACAUAAUCACUUGGAGGACACUAGCGUUUAGUAGUGAUGACGACGAUGACGAGGUUAGUAUGUGAGGAAAGACGUUACAAAUCUGCAGUAAUUUUUGUACACUGUCACGAGAGCUUUGUUUUUAGAACAUAAGUUGGUUGGGGAACCAGUAAAUGCAUUUAUUGAUCUCUCAAUAGAUGAGAGACCAGCACCACAGUUUUCACGCAUUCUACCUUGGAGAGAAUGUUUAUGUUGUAAACAACGUUGUCAACAAAGUACAAAAAUGUGAUGCCAAUGCGUGUUCCACCGAUUACGAUGAAAGUAGGAAAAAUACUUGCAAAUCAGACAGUCCAGGUGGAACAAACAAACAAGUAUUUAAAGAAAUGGCAGAUUAAAUAAAGAGGGUAUUGUUGCAGCUGCACUGGAAGUGAGUGCUGGAAUUAAUGUACUGAUUUGAGAAACUUUGCUGGCAGGUCAUACUGUCACUGCAGAAUGGGACUAUCCAUUUAUGCGAGUGGGCGAAAAGCACAGUGCUGGAAUCAGUAGAGCACAGCACAUGUUACCACAUCAUGCACAACCUUAAUUCUAUAUCCUAGUUUUGUGUAUUAGCAUUCAGCAUUCAGUCUUUAGUGAAGAAAUAGGACAGUUUACAAAACGGCAGUCAUAUUUGUGUCAGUGGGCUCGUCCUUGCCACACAAGUUGCCCGAUUCAUUCGAGUGAACAACCUAAACUUUGGCGCCUCUUCUCUUUUUUUGUCUCCUUUAUUCUGGUGGUGUUUCGGCAUCUAGUUUGUUCAAAGUAAUGUACCAACUAGCCUAGCAACAAGUUCUGGCAACCUAAUUGUUGUGCAUCUUUACUGCUAGAGUUUGGCACUCGUCACACACUGAAAAAUCGGAAAAUGCAAGCACAGUUUCAAAAUGGAAGAUACGUAGUGCAGGUUAGCAGCAGUGCAUAUAUUACGCUUUUACCACGUCGAUGUUGUUAACAACUGCGAGACAUGGCUGCAACUCGCCUGUUCUAAUUUCUCAGACACUCCAAUAUGUUCACUAGUUUGUUGGUUAGAUCGGGAGACUGUCCAACGCGUCCCCAAGAUCACGUGGUCACGGCAGUGAACGAUUUUGUGUACCCUCCAGUCACCAUACUUGGCAGAAAAAUAUAAUUCUACCUGUGGCAGCAACAACGAGAAUUAAGCCGAAAUUUCAAUGCUCUACUGGCUGUAUCUUAUGUGCAGAGGAUGUGUGCAUUGUCCCUAUAUGAGCAUGCUGCACCGAAUGCACUUGUGCCUGUAUUCUUAUGCAAUCCUCCUGUCCACUCUGGACGUCUUCGGAAAGUGGAGCAUCAUACCAUACUCGUACAAAGUGGUCACUGUAGUUUAGUAGUACCCUUCGAUGAUUCCUGCACACAUUUUGUUGCUAAAACAAUUUCACCACUGUGUUUUUGCAAUGUCUACUUGGAAGGCGAUGAACUGGUAACGUGUCUUUCGAGUAACUCUGAAUUGCUGAAAUUGUCAAGGGGCCCUACUGAACUGCAGUCUCUGCUUCAGGAAAUUGGCUAUGUUGUCUUACGCUCUGAUAAAUCAAGGAAGUGUUUAGAAUCGAGGCUCAUCUAAAGGUACAGGGUUGCCGUUUCAAAGGUGCUGGAAAGAUCACAUGCUUCUGUUUUAGUGCGAUGCAGGUGUUAAGCACUGAGUAACCAUUUACUCGAGUAUACCAUGCUGCCAUGAUGUACUGUACCCAGGAACGAAGCUUGCCGUCUUGUGAGCUUUGUGUACCAUCUCUACAUUUUCCCAAGCAUGCAAAGUAUGCUCUUAGCAUGACUUUUGCAUGACGGGUAUGUUCGUUAGCCCGAAUUUUUGUUGCUCCAGCUUAUUAAAAUAAGCAGCGAAAUGUGGUUUUGGCAGGACCUGACGGUUGAUUCCUACAAUGCGAGCUGUAUUAACUGAAAUCUAACUUGUCGAGCAAUAAUAAGAAAGCAAAUUUCGUCCAUUCUCGUCUUCGGCUGAUUUGAGGAUGCCUCUACAAGAAAAGAUGACCACACGUUUAGUGCCCGUCAAGUAUGCCGGGCUUUGCCCUGUUAAACACCAGCCAUUAACUUUAGCAGUGCUGUGUUGGGUGUUGGCAGAGAAUGCAAGCUCUUCUGGAAAAUAGGUUGCAAGCAUUUUGCUUAACUCACUUUAGGUCACACUUUGUAGUGGCUUCAAGACGAGCCCAACAUUCUUUCCACCUUAUGGACUAAGUGCAGCGACUAAGUUUUAUGUUGCGUGACAAAUCACACUGAAACCUUGUUUGUCGUAUAAUGGAGUCACAUUCGAGAUUAAGGUAUUAUUAUCUGUGGUAUCCAUUACAUAAGCGAGAAUGUAAAUGUUUACUUGUUCCGUUAUAUCCAUGUUCAUAUUGUCAAGCAAUGUCUGUAAAUGUUUUGUGUUGAAUGCCGGCAAUGCAUUAAAGAAGUACAGACACUUUUUUUUCCUAUUUUGCUUUGAAGCAUUUAAAAGUUUGCUCAUUCACAAGCAAUAUUUGCUAGUAUCUGCAGAAAUUUUGCAGAUUGCAUCGUUAAGUUGACCGACAUCGUAGACUUUCACCCACAGUAACGCAAGCUUUUGUUAAUGCAAACAGUUGUUGCCUUCUGCGUCUUAAGUUCAAGAUGGACAGACUGUGCGUUUGGGAUUGUUCAAAAUGCAAAAAUAUAUUGUUUGAGAGAGCAUUCAUGACUUGCAAAGCCUGUAAAUGCAGUCUAUCAAUACUGAAUAAUGUGGACAAGUCUUACUACAUUUAAUAGUGCCAACAGGUAGCGCUUCUAUUUUUAUAUGGUGAUGGAAGUGGUGCCAGAGUCUAAUACAAUAUUUUGGACACUUUCCUUGAUACCGUUCUUUGCAGGCCAGGAGAUGUGCAUUUGGGCAUUAAAAAGUUGUGUCUGUACUUCUUUAAAAGGAAAUGCGCACAGCUCUAAUCUAUAGCAUGCAUGAUUGCCUCUUCCCCUGUGCUUGCCUGUGUAGCGGUUGUUGCACCCCCCAACCAAUGCUAUGCUAUCCACAAUGACAUAGUAGCCGGGAUUGUAAACACUGCUGUUGCAACUUGUUGAAAAAAGAUACGCAUUUUGUGCAUCCCGUUUCAUUGCACGUCAGACCCAACGAGGGCAACUCUUAAGGUUGAAUGGUGCAUCUUGUCGCAUUCAGUCUUGGAUAUUGGUCUAUUUUUCUCGGAGUAGUUAUUUUUGAAAAUUGUCUAUAUGCACUCAGCUAGUGGGUGUGGACCUCGUUUGUUUGUAAUUAGCGAGCAAACCCUGGAGGAGAAUGUCUUUGUAUUUAAAGCAUUGUGAAAGAACUCAGACAGGAGUGCAGCGUUUCUACAAAGAGCCAGGUAACACAGAUGGUAAGAACACUUCAGAACACAGUCAAAAAGGAGAAGAUGGUAAGAACACUUCAGAAGACGGGCAAAAAGGAGAAGAAAGACCGAAAAGAUGCCCUAUUGUGUGCAGCCUCGAGGAGCUUUGCAUGGCUUAAAUCGCCAUAUCAUGCAAGCCAUUCUUGUACAGGCAUUGGAGUGUUUGGUUUGGAUGCAGUACUCCUGGCUGCAGACUCGCAGGCCUGCAAUGUUUGCAACGUGACCUACCCCUUUCCAUCCAGCUCGUGCUCUUUAAAGUCUCUUGUUUUCAAAGGACAUUACAGUUAGGUCAGUCAUAUGCAUGAGGAGAUGAUAGUGGAUCUGAGAUUACAUAUCAGAUAGUACAUGCAGACCCUUCUGCAAAGCAACUGUGGUAAAAUAGUCAUUGAUUUUAAAACCUGAGUCUAAGCGCAGCUGCAACUAGAGGUAUCAGUGGCUUUUCUCUGUCAGCUCUAAAACCAUGCAACAGUUGGCUGUUUUUCUGGAAGCUAGUUUGCCAAGAAUUGCAUUGUCAAAGAAACAUCCAAAAAUUGUGGUCCUCUGAAAUGCUGCCAAGUUGGGUAAUAGAGUGCAUAAACUGGAAUGAGACGGACUAUAGACCAGUACAUGUUUUCAGCAUUACUGUUUCAGUGGAAUAUUGAGACAGUGAACCUUUCAGUACUCAAUAGUUCGAACACAGUCGCAAAUGGUCAAAGUUGUUAUAGCUGCUUUGCCAUUGAGCUAAAGCAAAUAUGUGGUGCAGGUUGCCUCAAUUUGGCAGGCACUCUGCUACAAGUAGGGUUGGCGAAUAUUCGGGCGCCCUUUUAUUACUUUGGUUGCCCAACUCAAGCAUCGGACUUCGUCGCCAGUUAUGCAAUGCCGGGAAGUGCAGUCUACCUUAGUUAUCUGCAUGCUGUGUUAAUGGAUGAGCUUUGCAAUGUUCUAUUGGAAGUGAAUGUUUUCUUCGCCACCAACUGUUCCAUCCCGUGUCCUGUCUUUGCAACAAUGGAGUGCCUUAGUGAGUGCCGCUAGUAAGAAAUGUUCAUUGUAUCAAGGCCUGCACUUGUGUGACCUCAUUACCCGGUGUGGACUGCCGAGCGGUGAAGCGUUGAGUGGAGUCUGUAUCUGUGCUGAUGGCUUCGUUGGGCUUGUGCACAACACAUCAUGGUAUUUCUGCAAGUAAACAACACAAGAAAAAGC